AUGUCAGAAAGUGCAAAAAUUGUAAAUGCUAUUACAGGUGAGACGGUAUCUACAAAUAUCAAGUUUUUCGUUGGUUUAGAAGAUUUCAAGGACUUUAUCUGUCAUAGGUGGUAUAUUCCUCGUGAUCAGUUGCUCAUUUUACUACCAUUUGGUCAUAAAUUAAAGAUAUCUACUUUUAAAGAAUGCUUGAGAAGCAGUGGUUUCGAACGUUAUGAAUUUUACGUUUAUGAUAGAAGGUUAUUUUCUGCAGUCAACGAACCUGUUGAGGAGCCAUCCAUUGACGACCACAGGUCUAAAAUUCGAAAUUUGUUAUCUUUAUACGUCAAGGAUAGUAUGAUUGGUGGCGAAUCGACAUUGUUAAGACCAAUAACUUCACCCUUAGUCAAUGAUAAUUUAAAUUCCCAGAAGUUGUCGUAUCGUACCAUUACCAGCCUUUUGACAACGAAUUUGGGUUGGUUGAGUGCAUUGGAGAUUGAUGUACACUAUUUCAGAUCACUGAUACAGGGUUGUAUCAGCCAAAUUAAUGAAAUUCUGCAAUGCUUAUCUGUCUGUGAUCAAUAUUUGAGGUUAUACUGUUAUGAUGUGGAGAACCUUUACAAUUCUAAUGUAGAAUUCUUAGAUCAAUUGUUACAAAAUGGUCUAACAUCAAAAUGGAAACAGUGUUACAAUAACGUUUUGAGUCAGUUGAAUGGCUUGGAUGGGCCUUUGCAGCAGUACGUCGAUAAAAAAUUGCUAGAGCGUAAUGAAGAAACGUUAACAUCUUUAGAUCAUCAAGUGAAUUCUAAAUUGAAAGUCAUAAAAGGAAAAUUGAAUGACAACGCUACAUUAAGAGAAUUUAUCGGUAGUGAAGUUAGUAAGAUACGAACUGAUUUUACUCCGAACAAGGCUGAGGAUAAAUUGGAGAACGCUAUGCAAGAGAAGUUUGACGAGUUAGUUGAAGAAACGCGGUCUAAAAGUAGAGAAUUUUUGGAUAAGGAUUCGUCUGAUCUUACAGAUUCUGGUAUGGAGGAAAUACGCAAUUUUUUAGUCAACAUUAAGAGUGAAGUUGCCGCCAAGUUAUUCACCAUCGCACAAUCACUAUUUACACAGACUGAAAAAUUCCAGGAUUUUAAAUUCAGACUACAGGAAAAAGUAGUUAUGGCUUUCGGUCAAAUUGCAUUUGUUCAAGUGGAAACUCUAGCCUUGAAAAAAUCGUUAUUAGAAGAUUGUAACAAGGAUUUAGAAUUGUAUCAAAAAUUUGAACUGGAAUUUGCUCAAAUUGAAGAUUUACCGAUGAUCUAUGGUCUAUAUUUGAUUGAAAAAUACCGUCGAGAAUCAUGGCUAUUACAAGUUAUGUCGCAUGGCGUUCUGUUAUCUGCUGAUAUUAGAAAAAUAAUGGAUACAGAGAUGUCAUGUCGAAAUAGAUGGAGUAAAAAUUUUGGUGAUAUCGCAUCGAUCUUUCGUAAUAAUGUAGAUUCAUUUUCUGAUAUUGAAGGUUUUGAUGAAAGGUUUAAUGGAGGCGUUAGAAAUAUGGGAAUAAUGUGCGAGGAACAGAUUAAGAAGUGUAAGCAGUCUCUAGAGAUGACGUUUAAAAUCAUUGAAAAAUAUAUGAAAACACUUUCCGCUCUGGAAGUGCCCAAGGAUGCAUUAGAUGUAUUAAUGCAAAAUUUGGCGGAAGCAAAGGGCUUUCAAAUUGUUACCAAUCAGUCUUUCCUCCGACAGGAGUCGGCGGCUCCAAGCUUGACCCAGUUAAACGGAUACAAGGCGAGAAUAAAAAAGUUAGAGUCCCUAUUGUAUGAAGCUAAGAUUUCAGAUCCGGGCCAUUGGCCCUCUGGCAUUUUGCAUACUUCACAUUUUAAACCAUUUCAUAAUAAUGUCUCCACUGUAAGUUCAAAGAUAACGUUAAACAGCUCAGGUCUAUUGGAACCUAAUCGUAAUGUUAAUGUGGUGAAAGUAUUAGAAAUGGAAAAGGAAAUGAAAAAUCUACGAACUCAAGUCGAAGAACUUCAAAUUGAUAGCAAUAUAAAAAAGGAUCAAAUUUCAGCCGCUAAUACCAAAGUGUCUGAUUUGGAAUUAGAAAGAAGUGCAUUCAAGGAAACUAUGCUAAAUUUAAACAGAGAAUUAUCUAGGCUUACUGAACAGGAACAACUCCAAAAAAAGGAUCUCGUUCAGAAGCAGUCAAUGUACCAAAAUCAGUUGUGUCAUAUUAUAAACGAAAAUAAAACUUUGCUUCAGGAAAUAGAAACUUUGGAGGAAAAGCAUAGAAACCUUCAACAUGUACAAGAACAAAAGGAACAACACAUUGCCAAGACUAAAGAAGAUUUCGAUGCAGAGAAGUUGACGUGGCAAAAUGGUUUACAUAAAUUAGAGAAUGAGAAUGGAGAAUUAAAGGAUCAGGUUAGCUCUUUGAAGCAAGAGCUUGCACACUUGCAUGAACUCCAAGAAGAAAGGCGUACAGAGGAAUCUUCUCCACAAAUUUUGGAUGAUAACGAAAUUGUGACAUUGAAAGCAUUCAACGAGAGCAUGGAAGCAAAAAUGUUUGAGAUUUUUUCAUCUGAUGUGUUCAUAUUAGAAAACAUUGGUCUUCUUUUAUUUUCAGAUGACGAUAACCACGUUCAAAUCAAGAGGGUCAAAGGGUUAAGGAAAGGAAUGAACCAAAGUAUUUUGGACGAUAGUAUUCAGGUUACACAACUCGAUGUUUCAGUCAAAAGUCCGGUAUAUCAUAGCAUCAAAUCAGCACAUGAUGAGAUUCAAACACAGCAGGAAAUUGAGAAACAUAAGUUUUUAUUGGAAGGCAUGAAUAAGCUCUAUGAUGAUAAACUUUAUGAGACCGCCAUCAUUAAAAGGUUUAGAGAUAUUGAAUCAUUGGCAAAGAAAUUGACAAAGGAGAAUAAGAAAAAGAAAGACACGCUAGAAAGAUUACAAAAUGAGAAAAUCACACUUAAAAAUCUUCAAGUUGGUGAUUUAGCUCUUUUCCUUCCGACAAGGAAGAAUAAUUCAACUAUGGAUUCAUCUACUUCUUCGUUAAACUCUUCUUUCUCUUCAGUUGACUUGUCCACACCACCACCAUUUGAUGCAGCACCUAUCCAUUCUAUGAACAAAGAGAAGGCUAAGAAGAGUAAAAAACACCCGUGGGCGGCAUUCACUGCACUGGAUAAUAAUACAAGAUACUUUUUGAAAGAUGAAAACGAUAUCACGAAGGGUAAAGAUUGGUUCGUCGGUAGAAUUACAAACCUUGAGCAAUUCAUUGCUGAUUCUCCAGCUAAUAAUCCAUAUAAACUCGAAAAAAAUGCUGUAUGGUUUCAAGUUUCAGCUACUGUAAUUUCGUGCCAAGUAUAA